AUGGAGAAGCAAGAUACACCGCGCCUACGAGGCGCUACGGAGCUCAAUGAAACCAAAAUCGACUCAACACUGGUAGCUCGUGAUGUGGACAUUGGGCAGAUACUCGACGCAAAUGUUACGCCUGAGAUGGAACGAAAGGUGUUGGCAAAGCUGGACCUCUAUCUCAUUCCUUUGAUGGGAUUUUGCUACAUGUUACAAUACAUGGAUAAGCUUGCUCUAAGCCAGGCAACGUUGUUCAACUUGACUGAAGAUCUGAACCUCCGAGGAAAAGAAUAUAAUUGGGCCUCUGCCAUCUUCUACUUUGGCUACUUCGCCUGGAGCUGGCCGAGCUCAUAUCUCAUCGUUCGUCUCCCUCUGGGAAAAUACCUCGGCGUCGCAGUAUUCGUCUGGGGAGGCAUUCUUAUGUGCCAUGCGGCAUGCACGUCAUUCAGUACUCUCAUGGUAGCACGCUUUUUCCUCGGCGUAGGAGAAGCCUCAAUUGCCCCUGGAUUUGCCCUGAUCACGGGCAUGUUCUACAGACGCGAAGAACAACCCGCCCGACAGGCAGCUUGGUUUGUCGGCAACUCCAUCGCGACUGUGAUCGGCGGCGUGGUGGCAUAUGGAAUCGGCAUGAUUCACAACUCCACCGUGUAUAGUUGGCAGUUGUUGUUCCUUGUGCUGGGAGCAAUAACCUCUGGUUAUGGCAUCAUUCUCGUUUUUUUGCUACCCGAUUCCCCCGCCAAGGCCGUCUUUCUAACCAAGCCCGAGCGAUCGAUUGCAAUCCAGCGCACCUUGCAAAACAAGACUGGUGUUUUGGACACAGGCAAAUUCCACUGGAAUCAGGUCCGUCUGGCCAUUCUCGAUCCCCAGACAUGGUUCCUCGUUCUGUACACCUUCUGUGUGAACCUCUGCAAUGGCGGAAUCACCAGUUUCGCCUCCAUCAUCAUCGCGGGAUUCGGCUUCUCCAACCUCAAGGCCCUAUUGAUCCAGAUGCCUCUUGGUGCGGCCCAGCUCGUGUUUCUCAUUUUGACCUCGGGAAUCGCGACUUUCUUCCGAAACACACGAAUCCUCAUGAUGAUCGUCAACACACUUGCCUCUAUGAUCGGGAUGGUGCUCAUCUGGAAAUUAGAGAGUAAUGACCGUGCAGGCCGCAUGACAGGGCUGUGCCUCAGUGCUAUCUUCGCGGCGAAUAUCCCUCUCUCCCUGAGUCUGAUUAGUUCCAAUGUCGCUGGAUUCACCAAGAAAAGUACAGUCAGCGCUCUGAUGUUUGUGGCGUACUGCGUGGGCAAUAUCGUCGGUCCACAGUUCUUUGUCCCCACGGAGAAACCAUCGUACCCGACUGGCAUCAAGGCUUCGAUGGCGGGUUUGAUCCUGGGCGUCUUCUUCCUGAUGUGCCUCUAUGUCUUUUAUGUGUGGGAGAAUCGUCGACGGGACCGGGUCUACGGGACUCCGGAACAAUUCACCGAGACGGAGGAGCUUCAGGAUGAGUUGUCCAACAGGACCGAUCAAGAAAUUGAGAGUUUCAGAUAUGUGCUCUAG